GCUAUAUAUUCGUGUGUCCGCCAUUUUGUUUCACAGCAAAAGUCCUUUGAUAUUUAUAAAGUAGUUGGUCAUUUAGUGGCGAAACUUUGGUUUGGAUGCGAAAAUGAGCUUCCUCUUUGGAAGCCGCUCAACAAAGACUUUCAARCCGAAGAAGAACAUACCGGAGGGAACACAUCAAUAUGACUUGAUGCGACACGCUGCUGCAACGCUCGGAAGUGGAAACCUUCGCCUGGCUGUUAUGCUACCAGAAGGAGAAGACCUAAAUGAAUGGGUUGCAGUUAAUACUGUGGAUUUUUUUAACCAGAUCAAUAUGUUGUAUGGUACAAUAACAGAGUUUUGUACUGUUGAAAGUUGUCCUGUUAUGUCUGCAGGACCAAAAUAUGAAUAUCAUUGGGCAGAUGGACAGACGAUAAAGAAACCCAUUAAGUGCUCAGCRCCUAAGUAUAUUGACUACCUWAUGACAUGGGUACAGGACCAGUUGGAUGAUGAAACUCUAUUCCCUUCAAAAAUAGGUGUACCAUUUCCAAAGAACUUCCUAACAAUCGCCAAAACAAUCCUGAAGCGUCUUUUCAGGGUUUACGCUCACAUUUAUCACCAGCAUUUCAAAGAUGUCGUAAGUCUUGGAGAAGAAGCCCACCUUAACACAUCAUUCAAGCAUUUUAUUUUCUUUGUUCAAGAAUUUAGUUUAAUUGACAAGCGAGAGCUGGCGCCAUUACAAGAGCUUAUAGACAGACUUGCUAACAAAGACAAGGACAGACUUUAAAGUGCUCAAGUGUUCAGUGAGUUUUUCAUUUGACCGUCUGAAUUGUCUGCCAUCUUGAGUGAUCAUCAAAUCCGCCAUUUUGUAAAUCAAGCUGAAUCCAAAAUGUCCGAUACAAAAAAAAUUCUCCAAUUCUCUUCAAUUUUCACAUGGUUUUAUGUGAUUUUACAGUUGGUUUCAAGGGAAAACAAUCAGCUUUUUGUGAUUUACUUUAUCCCAGCCAUGAGGUCUCAUUUUGUAUUCUUGAGACUGGGAGUUGUUCCCUUUGGUAAUGGUUCUGAAGGAGACUAGACUGGAAGAUUAUCUUGGCUUAUCCAGAAAAGUAGAUAGGSCUUSUUUUGUUCAGUGUAUUUUUGUUUUGUUUUGUAUUGUUUUUUGCUAUUGUUGAUUUUGUUGUUUGGGAUUKGGAGGRAUAGGGGAGGGUAAARGGGGAAAGUMCAYYUAGAGGAGUCCUUAGGGGGUAAGGGUAGGGACUAAAAUGGUUAUUGUUUAAAUAUUUUUCAUAGUAAUUAAAGCAACAAAUUUCCCUUCAAAGAUAUUACAUGUAAUUGAAUGUACAAAAAAUGAGUUUUUCAAUCUAUAAAUUUGGAAAAAAAGUGUAAUAGUCAUUAUAAAAGACAGUCAUUUUAAAAACUUACUCAUGAAUAGUUACAUGUACAUUMAUUGUUUUCCUAUAUGGAAAGAUAUAUUCUCCUUACCGAUUAGAGUCAACUAUGUCAUAAUUGGUUUUGAGAAUUUAGAUUUCCAUCCUAUCACUGUUGUAUAUAUUGUAGAACAAGAUUCAUGUGUGCCAUGGCCGCAUGCUGUUUAUGAUUAACUGUUGAUGUUUAUAUUAGGUUUUCCUGUACUACUGUUCUCAUUCCUACUUAUUGGUCCCCCUGUGUGAGAUAGAGGAAUGGGGAGAGGUACCCUCGACAUUUAGUUCCCAGUGUGCAGUCUGACAACUUAGCACAGGGAUCCCAAAUAUAAACUUUGYGGUGAUCUCUAUGAAAAGUUGUCCUGAAGUUGAUACUGAUAACUUAGUUUGAUUAAGAGGUUGAUCAUGAUUAUCAUAUAAGCUCUUAUUGUGAGUGGACAGAGCGUAGCUUUCAUUCAUCCCUGUGCUUCAGUAUUUUUUGUGUACAGAAACAACUGCGAACAUGUAAGCAUGACGACACAAUUCCAGCUAAAUAUAUUGUUGUUUUUAGAAUUUAAGUGAGCAAACAGUUCAUGUACUUUUUGAAGCUUUCUCUGUCCUAUCACUUAAGACACAUUGAAUUUUUUUCAAUAUCUCAAAGCAACAUAAUUAUACACAUUUYCAAAGAAUUUGAAACCUCCAAAUCAUGAUCAGCAAACGUGAACUUUGGGAUACUGAAAUUUCACCAUAAAAGCAUAAAAUAUUUUAUAAAAAACUUUUCUAGAAAUUAAUGAUAAUCACAAAUUAAUAAAUUGUAAUUUUUUUCCCUUUUUUAAGUUACUUUAAAUGCUCAAAUUUAUUGUGAAUACAUCUAUAUAAAUAUCUUCAUUUAGUA